UCAAAAACCUGUGAGGAGCGGAGAGGGUGCAGACGGAGCCUCAGCUGCCGCCGCCCCCGCUCCUCGGCGUCCAGGCUGCGCCCAGCCAGAGCCCACCCGCUGCCAUGUCCUCUGCUCACUUCAACCGAGGGCCCGCCUAUGGGCUGUCGGCCGAGGUCAAGAACAAGCUGGCCCAGAAGUACGACCACCAGCGGGAGCAGGAGCUGCGGGAGUGGAUCGAGGGCGUGACGGGCCGCCGCAUCGGGAACAACUUCAUGGACGGCCUCAAAGACGGCAUCAUCCUCUGCGAGUUCAUCAACAAACUCCAGCCAGGCUCCGUGAAGAAGGUGAACGAGUCGAACCAAAACUGGCACCAGCUGGAAAACAUUGGCAACUUCAUCAAGGCCAUUACCAAGUACGGGGUGAAGCCCCACGACAUCUUCGAGGCCAACGACCUGUUUGAGAACACCAACCACACCCAGGUGCAGUCCACUCUGCUGGCCCUGGCCAGCAUGGCCAAGACGAAAGGAAACAAGGUGAAUGUGGGGGUCAAGUACGCGGAGAAGCAGGAGCGGAAGUUUGAGCCAGAGAAGCUUCGGGAAGGGCGGAACAUCAUCGGGCUGCAGAUGGGCACCAACAAGUUCGCCAGCCAGCAGGGCAUGACGGCCUACGGCACCCGGCGCCACCUCUACGACCCCAAGCUGGGCACGGACCAGCCCCUGGACCAGGCCACCAUCAGCCUGCAGAUGGGCACCAACAAGGGAGCCAGCCAGGCCGGCAUGACGGCCCCCGGCACCAAGCGGCAGAUCUUCGAGCCGGCGCUGGGCAUGGAGCACUGUGACACGCUCAACGUAAGCCUGCAGAUGGGGAGCAACAAGGGCGCGUCGCAGCGCGGCAUGACGGUGUACGGGCUGCCCCGCCAGGUCUACGACCCCAAGUACUGCCUGACGCCCGAGUACCCCGAGCUGGAGCCCGCCCACAACCACCACCCCCACAACUACUACAACUCUGCCUAGGGCCUCCCCGCCCGCCGCGCCCCGCUGCUCGAGGCUGGACCCAGCCGGGCCCCGCCCGCCCCUUCCCCCUGCAUGGCGUCCUCCAAGCCCCUGGCACCUGCCUACAGGGUUAGCGUUGGGGGACAGCAGACUUGGGGGGGUGGGGGGAGGAGAUCUGUGGGAGUGGGGGGGAGAGGGGCUGCAGGCUUUGUCGCCAAGCUGGGUGUCCCCCAAUAGCAAAGCUGUUCCAGCUGUCCCCCGACUCCCUCACAAGUGGGUACCCCCACCCCCGCCCCCAGCGGCUCACCCCAGCGAAGCCCUCCCCGCCCCGGAGCCCAGGCUAGGCCCGCCCCCGCCCCCGCCCCUGCCCCCGCCCCAUGGCCGCAGCAGGAGCAAACUGCACUCGCAGAGGCGCAGCGACCUGCAUGAGCGGAUGUGACAGCGGCGUUUGUGACGCGAGCACUUUGUUGUUGUUGUUUUUUUCUAUUUCACUGGAGCACAAUAAAUGGCUGUCAAAUCACACAA